AUGAUUUUGUUCUCAUUUUUUGUUUCCGAGACCAUCUGUGCAGCAGUUACACCUUACAGAUUCUCUCCAACACCUGCUUACCCGAACGAAGUUGCAAGGACACACACUUGGCCAACAAAAUUACCAGAAUGGCCAGCAACAAAGCAACUUCCUUCUCCAAAUGAAGAUUCAAGCUCCAAAAACAAAAUAAUAACAAUCAGUGUCUCGGUUGCAGCUUCUGUACUUCUUAUUAUUGUAGCAUCUGUGCUUGUAAUUUACAUCGUGUUAAAGAAGAAAAAUAAAGAUGUUGAAUCAAAAUCAGGAAGAGAAGUCACAGAAACUAUAUUGGUGUAA